AUAAAGUCCAGGUCUGACACACACAAGACACCAAAGCUCAGCACAGGAGCAUCCUGAACAUCUCUACACACUGAGACAUCAUGGACACAAGAGCCUCCCUCUCCAUUCUGCUGCUGCUGUUUGGCGUCUCACAGGCGUCUCCUCUCAGGGAGGAAAGUUUUGAAGGAGUGUUUGUGUCAGAGCCGGAAAGUGUGGACAUCACUACAAGGAUUUUGGAGUCCAACAAUGGAUCUUCUGAAGUCUUGAUUGAAGGAGAUCUGGUGUUUCCCAAAACCAGAAAUGCUCUCUACUGUUUUAACAACAACUGUUUCUGGAAGAAAAACUCUAACAACAUAGUGGAGGUCCCUUACACAGUGAGCAGUGAAUUCUCUUCUAAUGAGAAAUCAGUGAUUACGAAUGCCAUGUCCACCUUUCACUCCAAAACCUGCAUCCGCUUUGUGCCCAGAUCAACUCAGACCGACUACAUCAGUAUUGAGAACAGAGAUGGGUGCUUCUCUUCUCUUGGUAGAACUGGUGGAAAACAGGUGGUCUCCCUCAACAGACAAGGCUGUGUGUAUCACGGCAUCGCUCAGCAUGAGCUCAAUCAUGCUCUGGGCUUCUAUCAUGAGCAAACAAGGAGUGAUCGCGACCAGUAUGUAAGGAUCAACUUUGAGAACAUUUCUCCUGAUAUGGCCUACAACUUCCAGAAACAAAACACCAACAACCAAAACACUCCAUAUGACUACGGCUCCAUCAUGCACUAUGGAAGAACAGCCUUCUCCAUCCGUUAUGGCCUGGAAACCAUCACUCCAAUUCCUGAUAGGACGGUGGAAAUCGGACAGAGGCAAGGAAUGUCCAACAUUGACAUCCUGAGGAUCAACAAGCUGUAUGGAUGCUGAAGAUGAGUUUUACAUGUAUGUGGUGUUUAAUGUAGUUCACUUUCCCGUAACUGAAGAAUCGAAUGAGGUGAUGGUCUUUGUCUUUUAUUGGUGUUAAAUUUCUGUAAUGUGUGGCUGAGUAAAGAAAAAUCAAGUUAAUAAAAAAAAAUCAACAUGCCGUAA